AGCUGCCUUUAAUCAAUAAAAAUCGAUUCUUUAAUAAUGUCCAAGUUUAAUGUUUGGCUGAUCUUCUGGUGUGCCGUGAUGAUGAUUCAGCCUUGGAUGAACCAGAGCCAUGCCCUGGCUGCGGAUGCGGUCAAUGCCACAGCUGUGCAAUCCACUUCAGGCUUAGUGACGGGAGAAGCAACAACCGCCAAAACUACGGCCUCUCCCCAGGCAGUGGUCAAGUCAUCCACUCGCCAAGAAGCUGCCAAGGAAAUCGUCGCGGGAGCUCCUACAGUCACCCCCACAACAGACCCAGUGACUGGCCCAGCCGGACCCAAAAUCGAGAAGGCACGAUUGGGAUCAUCAGUUCGACUGAUCACGGGCUUACUGUCCGGCUUGCAUCGGACCAAGCGCCGCUUGUCGCUGCUGAAUGAUACCCUAAUGCCGCGUUCGGGUCCCCAAAAGGGCGGCCACGCUUCAUCUGCUCCCGUUGACACCACUACCUCGGCGCCGCCCAAAAUGGACUUAGAACUGUCGUCCCCCACUAUGAUGGAAGAUAGCGAGCAACAGGAACUCGACUAUCAACCGCAAAUGGUGGCCAAGCCUUUGGCCGAAGAUUUCCUCUUGAACGAGCCCGAAAACGAUCCGCACGGCGGUCACACUAUGACCUCGUCCAAGUACCGUUGCAUGCACAUGUCUUCGCCGGUUCUACCGCCGAUAUUCAUCAUGUUGCAACAGCUGUUGCAGCCCAGCCCAAUGAUGGAGACGGCCACUGAGAUGCACCACAGCCCCAUUACAUCACAACUGUUUGAGUUACUCAAUGACGUCGAGGACAUGACGCUGCAGAAUAUUCCCAAUGUAAUCGAGCGUCUGCUGGCGAAUCGUUUCGUGUUCGCGAGUGGUACCCAACUGGAUAACAAGGACAAGGGCACGCAGCAGGAUGACGAUGUCUCCGAGAACGACGAGCUCAAGAAGGAAGCUGCUGAAGUCGCACCCACUCACGAUAAGGACGAAAUCGUUCUCGUGUGUCCCCUACACCAUGAGCAUCAUGCCAAUCACAAUGGCGAAAUAAUUGACGAUAACGUUAUCCAUGUUGACCAGUGCCACGUUGUAUAGGUCUGUAGAUCGAGGUAGACAUAGUAUAGCGGUAGAAUAUUAGGUUUAUAGGUAGCUAAUAUUUGAAAUUGUGCUUUGGUGUCACUCAAAAUUUUUAGGUUUUUUUUUUAGCAUUUAGCUGUUUCUAUUUCGGGUUUUUUGUUUAGUUUAGUCAGGGAAUUGCGUCAGUGUCAAAAUAUUUUUUUUCGAUUUUUUGCAUCAAAACUUAAAAUGGCAAACAAGUGUUAUUUAAUUGCGUUUAGGCAAUUGUUUAUAUUAGAGAUUAUUGGAAGUUAGCGAGGUAACCAGAUUCCUUAGCAUUUAUAGAAAGAAAAAAAUAAAAAC